AUGUCGCCAACGUUGCUUCCGGUAGGCGACAAGGAAAACAGCCCUCAUCCAAAUUCCCCUGCCAUGGACCGCUUUGUAUUUCCGAGCGGACACAGAGAGCAGCUUCUAUCUCUCUUCAGUGAGACGCAAGUAGUCGGAUCUUCGCCGUUCGCGCACCCUCAUCAGCAUCAGUAUGAUUACACACAGCUACAAAGGCCGCAGCCACAGCCGCUGACGAGCGUCCAGCGAGGCCGAGCCACUAGAAAGGAGCCCCUCAAGACCGGCGACGAGGAACGGACACCUUUGUCACCGAAGAAAGUGAAGAAGGGAAGAAGCAAAAGCAGGCAGCGCCAAGCGAGCGGUGCAGCUGACUUCACCGACGGAGACAUGCUGGCGCACUCUAGAGUGACAUCAAACAGCCAACCGAGCAAGGACGUCAUCGACGCUGAUUUUGCCAAUCUUUUGAACCAACUUGAAGUGUCACAGUCUCUGCGAGGGAACUUGGUUUCCUUGGAUGCCUCCGUGAAGCUUAGCAUGCUCAAAGGCAAGGAGACGCUCACGCUGGCUUCGCUUGGUUUUGGCCCUACAAUCCGCCCUGGAAGUCCUAACAAGAGUCGUACUCCCAGCGCAUUUUCCGGCAUCAAGAAAAGCUCGAGCAGCAGCACGGCUGGCGGCCUGUCAACAAUGAGCCCUUCCUCGUCUGCAGCUGAUGGUUUCGGUAUCUCGAUCAAUAUGAUGUCCCCUCCUCUGUUAUCCACAACGCCCAAACUUGCGAGCUCAGCUGCAUUGGGCACUGCUAGACUGCGGACAAACUCGUUCUCCUCACUGCUGCCGGGGGGAGGCUUUUCCGCCAACAGCACCAGCAGCAAUAGCAAAGAGACCCCAUCUCACUUUGCAACAUUACUCAAAGCGAAUGAUGCAAGCCUUAUCGACGUUUCCAAGGUCAAGCGCAUGCGCGCUGUCCUAGCCAGCGAGUCGCCUUCCUGGAUUGCAGAGUUCGCAACCGAGCAUGAUGGAUACAGCGCCAUGCUGACUAGGACAAAGGAGUUGCUGGAUAUGGAAUGGAGAUCGGAACAGCACGACGACCAACUGCUUCACGAACUGCUGCGGUGCUUUGUGGCUCUUAGCACGAGCGAUCGCGGCAGAAGCGUCCUACAGUCCCAUGCCCCUGCGCCGUUCGUAGGCCUGGCCGAUUUGCUCUUCUCAGAGAAAAAGCCGGGCGACCUGCCAACGCGCAAGCUCAUCGUAGAUCUGUUGACCAUCUUUAUACAGCUAGAUCUAUCUGAGCAAUGCUGCGAUUCCACCUCGAUAACUAACACACGGCAGCGCUCAUCAUGUCUCUCUGAAGCGCAGGACCGCUCAACCUCUCGCCUGUCUCUCGCCGAGCAACUUCUCCUGGCGCUUCUCCACAAUCCACGGGACCCAAGUAAGGAAGCGCUCGUCGACUUUAUCUCGGCGACCCACACUCCACGGCCUUUUAAGACAUAUGUUCUCGAACUCAGCGGAGUGGCGAGAGACUACUUCUGGAUCUUUUGCCAUGGGCAGAAUCGAUAUUGGAGACUCGAGGAGAUCAAUCCAGCGGAGAUUGAAGGACCCAAGGUGCCGGGUGGCAUGACUGGUGGUGUCGAAUUUGAGGCGAUGACAUACCUCGCGGCCCACCUGCGAUUGAUGAACAUCCUCGGCCGUACGCUCCUGCAACGGACCACCGCGCGGAGUACCGCGGCCUAUCAAUUCUACACAUCGUUGUUCGAUUCUGGUAUCGAGCGUCUGCUUGCCGUGCUCAGGCGAGCAAGUCAGGUGUACUACCAGCACAUGCAUCUCGAGCUAGCGCGGCUCUUCGCUCUCGCCGAACAGAGUGGAUUCAACAUGCCAGCAGGGUUGAGGAUAUGGCAUGCGAGCGCCAGCAGCAGCGGCGCACCCAUGCUCGACAUGCAGAUCGGGCGCAGCCGUGAAUCCGGCAGUCCGGCAAAGGCGCUGGCUCAGGCGCCGGCAGAAAACAAGAGGCGGGCCCAUGCACGGAACAAGAGCGAGGACACAGAGCACAAGCCACGCCCGCGGAGCCCAUAUCCCUCGCAGCAUGCCAGAAGUAAGACCGAGGCAGAUGCAAAAGAGACGACCACAGCAUCUGUCGACGACACGAUCUUUCAAAUGGUCAGCCCUGUUCUCGCGCAUGCGCCGUCUCUGCCUCCUCGGCCGGCAGCAUCGCCGCCGAAGACGGAACGAGAAGCCAGCCUGGUGGCGAGCGAAAGCGAUGCGGAUGAAGACACGUCACUCUCGCUCAUGGCGGCCGUCAUGUUUCCUCGCAUCGCAGCUUCGACGUCACCUCCUGGUACAACGUCAUCGAUAACAGAUGGCUUUACCAGCCCGGCACACGCAUCGUCUGUCUCCACCACGGGUUCGACUGCUGCCGUGCCGAUACCGGCAGCGCCCAUCCCAGCGCUCACACCACCCUCAGCAGCCGAUGCACCGCGCUUUCCCAACCCUUACGCGAGCGCGAGAGGGCCAGGCAACACCGCCAGCUCACACACGGAACCUGCGGGUGCUACGGCAAGUUUGAUGGACGCAUUCUCGCCGACAAUCACUUCGCCGCAGUCAGGCUCUGCUGCUGGGUUCAGUGCUGGAUUUGGCUUGGCCCCUCCUCAGAGGACGAUAGGGCAGAACUCGCUAGUCGGCAGCGCCAUCCGGCAGUGGGAGCAGCGUGCGGCGUCCAUAUCUCCUUCUGCUUUACACAACCCCCGAGGAGGCGGGAAUCCUCUCCCCCUCCCACCCUCGCAGCACCAUGGUUCUGCAGCGUUGGCAAAGGGCCAGCGCUGA